AUUUGUCUUUAUGGCGUCAAAAAAGGUAUUUGAUCGGUGUUGUAAUCCUUUUGAGUUGGAAUCUCAUUUUAAAAAAAUUGGUUUACGUCCGGCGACUGAUAUUAUGAAAGUAACGUUAGGAUUAGAUGAUAAUUAUUUAUUAUGCAGUUCUUGUCGAAAAAAAGCUUCAGAGUUAGUGAAGCAACAAACAAAUGCUCGUAAUGAUCCUAGUGCUGAUGUAAGUGACCGUGAAGACAACUAUAGUGACAAUAAUGACAACAAUGAUCAGGCUGAUAAUGAUAGUAAUACAACUGCCACGGAUCUCCCAUUAUCCUUAUCAUUCCGUUCCAUGUCAUUUGAUAGCGAACCCAAAGCAUCACAAUCAAGCUCAGGAUCCCAAGUUAGCGCUGCAACUCAAUUACCCGUAAUAAACCAUGCAUUAGAAUUGUUAAAUCAAUCACCGAUUCCAUCGAAGAAAUUGAAUGAUAAUCAAUUUUUGAACAAUAAAAUAAAUCGGGUAUCCGACAGCUUGAAAAAAGUUUUGCUUUCUUCUUCAGAUGAAGAAUCGAUUGAUGACGAUGGUGAAAAUUUUCGCUCUCUAAUUAAAAUGUUGUAUGAUAAAUUCAACGAUAAAGAAACUGAUAAGUCUUUGAAAAUACAAAUUUUAACAUUAUUACCUGUAAAAUGGAGUGAGAGACGUAUUUGUGAAACUAUGAAUACAUCAAGACAUUUGUCAAGAGUAGCAAAAAAUUUGGUUGAAGAAACGGGUUUACUUUCUACACCUGAAUCGAAAUUAGGUAUGGGUAGCGUAAAAUCGAUGUUUUAAAUACACUUGAAAACUAAAUUACUCAACAUUUUUGUAUAG